CUCAGUUGGCGGCGGAUUCAAACGGCCGAACGCAGUCUCCGGGACCCAGGCAGCGUUAGAGCGUUGUAGUUCUCCUUACUUCCUCAGUGUUGGUUAGCUUGAACAGACCUCGAGAGGACCUCGGCAGCUGAGGCGGCUGGUGCCCGAGCGGGAGAAUGGCGCUUUCGACCACGGUCUCCCAGAGGAAGCAGAUCAAGCGGAAGGCUCCCCGAGGCUUUCUCAAGCGCGUCUUCAAACAACGGAAGCCUCACCUUCGUCUGGAGUCGCGUGGAGAUUUACUGGUUCAUUUGAACUGUUUACUCUUUGUUCAUCGAUUAGCAGAAGAGUCCAGGGCAAAUGCUUGUGAGAAUAAAUGUGGAGUCAUUAACAAGGAUCAUGUAGUGGCUGCAGCAAAGGUAAUUCUAAAGAAGAGCAGAGGUUAAAAGUCAAGGAACGUGUUCUUGAAAAUUACAUGAUAUGCUGUUUUAGGUGGUAACAAGUCAUUAACAUAUUUUUUAUGUAUGGAUUUAUUCUUGGGUUAUUAAAAUAUUGGCUAGAUGGGGAAUAUCUGUUUUUUUGCUGGCAUUGAAAUAUCUCAAACACAGAGGACUAUUUUACAUUUUUUAAAAAUCUAUUUUAAGAGAACCCUAGUUCUUUUUACUUGUUUUGUUCUUAUAAAUGUUUUAACUAUCAAACAUGAAAUCUGACUGUUUUAAGUGGCUUGAAGAGAUGCACUUCAUACAAUUAAGUUUAUAUAUUUAGAUUUAACCACAACUGUGCAACAAAUUUAAUUUCUACAGAAGGACAAUAUGGAGUCAGAUCUAGGUACAUUUUAAAUGUGUUUUUCCCCCCAGUGCUUUCACAAAGCAAUACAGUCUACUUUUUUGUUAUGUCAAUAGUAACAAUAUAAUUAUCUGAAAGAUUGUAAACAUCACUUGGGUUUUUUCAAAACACAUCUCCUUCUCCAAACCAAAAAUAGAAAUUCUGGAUCAAAUUGAGUUAUUUUCUUCAAAUUGUGUGGAUUUAGUAGAUGGGAUAUUUCCUCCUCUAAAAUCAUUUAGAAGUUUAUUGCAUAUCAUCCAAUAGUGGUUAUUAUUAUUUAACUUUUUGAGCUCAUUAUAGAUUCCAACUUGAAGCUACAAAGGUGUAGUACAAAGAGGACCCAUGUAUUCUAUACCCAGUUUUCCCAAUGGUUAUGUCUUACAUACUGACAGUAUAUCACAACCAGGAAUUUUUUUUACAAGUAGUGUGUUUAUAAUUCUACACCAUUUUAUCAUGUGUAGAUUCAUAUAACUACUACCAUAAUCAAUAUAUAGAACUAUGUCAUUACCACAAAAUCUUCCUGAUGCUGUUCUUUUAUAGUUACACCUGGCCCACCAUGUCUUCCACCCUGGCAAACAUCCCUAACUCCUGGCAAGUACUAACUGUUCUUCAUCUCUGCAAUUUUGUAAUUUUGUGUCAUAUAAAUGAAAUUACAUAAGAGAUGAUCUUUGGAGAGUUUUUUUUUUUUUUUUUUUUUAAACUCAGUAUAGUGAUUCAUUCAUUGAAGUUGUCACAUUUUGGUAGUUCCUCUGUGUUCCCAAGCGAUUUUUCAUGGUGUGAGUAUAUCACAGUUUAACUGUUUACUUAUUGAUCGGUAUUCCGUUUUUUUUCCCCCCAGUUUUGGGCUAUUAAAAAUAAAAUUGUUAUGAACAA